CUUCCUUCUUUUGGAAUAUUUCCGUGCUGUAAGUUGGUUGUGCAUUCGGGUCAAUAAUUUUUCUUUAGUACGAGAUCAUUUCGGAAAUAAGUUUAUAUAUUAUUUUCGGUCCUUUUAAAAUGUUUUUAAGUUUGUAUGAUGAUUUUUUCCAUGCACCACUCUGAGCUCAGUGUAGAUUAUGGAUAUCUGACGGAUGUUAUGUUCGUUUUUGUACUCACAUUGCUAUGUAACAUUGAUACGAAUUAUUAUCUGUUCUAGAUUGUAAUAUGUACAGUUUAAGAAGUUGAUGGACCGAUGAUGUGACAGUUAUAAAAUAAAUAAUGAAUUUGUUACUAGGUCUAUCAAAUUGCAGAGAUGGGGGCUUAUCGGUACAUGCAGGAACUUUAUAGGAAGAAGCAGAGCGAUGUGAUGCGCUACUUGCUACGUAUUCGCGUUUGGCAAUACCGCCAACUAACGAAAUUGCAUCGUUCGCCAAGACCUACUCGCCCGGAUAAAGCAAGACGUUUAGGAUACAGAGCCAAACAGGGGUUCGUGAUUUAUAGAAUCCGUGUUCGCCGCGGAGGUCGCAAGCGUCCAGUUCCCAAAGGAUGCACUUAUGGCAAGCCGAAGAGUCAUGGUGUAAACCAGUUAAAACCAUAUCGUGGUUUGCAAUCCAUUGCUGAGGAACGUGUUGGUCGUAGACUUGGCGGCUUGCGAGUUUUGAACUCGUAUUGGAUUGCGCAAGAUGCUUCUUAUAAAUAUUUUGAAGUAAUCUUAAUUGAUACUCAUCACAGUGCUAUUCGUCGUGAUCCAAAAAUUAACUGGAUCUGCAAGCAUGUCCACAAGCAUCGUGAAUUGCGUGGCCUUACAUCAGCUGGAAAAAGUUCGCGUGGCAUUGGCAAGGGAUAUAGAUACUCCCAGACAAUUGGUGGAUCUAGGCGUGCUGCUUGGAAGCGCAAGAACCGUGAGCACAUGCACAGAAAACGAUAAAUUGUGAAGCAUUUAUUUUAUCGGUUAAAUAAAGCACUUCGUGCACGC